GCUCUGCGAAUACCCAGUAUCACAUUGAAGAGGUCAACUGCUUCAUCACGUGGAGGACCUGUGAGAAGUACAAAUAUCAUCACACUCCCGUCCUUCAUCUUCAGUCAGUCUCAUCAAUGCAUAAAAAAGUUUCAUUAACAAGAUUAUCAACACUAUUUCAGCUUCACAACUCUACUACUUUUCAAAAUGUCUUCCCUUCCAAAGCACUUCAUCAUCGUCGUCAACGGCCAACACGUAACCAAGCCAGAGAAUGACCGCGAUGAAAUCCGCCCCGCUCAAGUUGGAGAGAAACCAGCUACCUUUGAGCUUAAUGAAAACCGCCUCAUAAGCGGUGACUGGGCCAUGGGCUGCAGCAAGCUUGAAGGCCAGGUCCCUGGUACCAGAACGCCUUCCUUGGCUGUUUUCUGGUUCAGAAGGGGCCAGGCAGAGGAGCUCUACCCUGUCUAUCUCAAGGAAGGGGAUAAUGGGCCUCAGCUCAGGUUUGCAUGUAACCCUGUUGACGAGGAAGGCCGCCCCUUGACUGUCCUUAACAAGCAACUUCUCUGCUAUACCUCAGAUAAUUCUGAACCAGGUGCGACUGUCGAGAUCGUGCCCAGUGAGGAUUAA